AACACUAUCUUGUUGUUUAAUCUAAUCUGAUAUUUGCACAGAAAUCAAGAUCACACAUGACGACACGUCAUCCGUCCGAUACGAAAACCCAGAUAUUUUCUUUAGCUGUCACCACGAUUAACAUGAUUAUUACGCGGUUGCUUUCAGUUUCCAUUUUCAUUUCCGUAUAAACAACACAAUCCUCCAUUUUCGAACCCUCUCGAAUUUCACUUCACCACCAUUUUCUCUGAACCAUCUAUAAAUUCCUCUCCAACUUCCUCUCACUUCAACAAUUCACCGAAGAUCGGAGCUCCAAAAUUCCAGCAUCAAUCAAUCGCUGAUUCCGUUCCGUCAGAGUCGAAAGUUCGUUGUUGUUCUGUCGUAAUUCAAUUGCCGUUUAUUCUUUUUUUUUUACGCUUUCUGGUUUAUUUAUCUCUCUCGAUUUGCCUUCUGAUGUUGAUUAUGUUCGAUUGACUGUUAUUACAAUUACUGUUUUAUGUGACUCUCGCAGCUUCUUUCGAUUAGGUAACUUAUACCUGUGGUUUUCUUUUUUUAUUGAUUAUUAGUUAGAUUUUAUGGUGUUUUUGAUGAGCUUGAUUGAAGUUUGCGUAUUCUGAUUUGUUGUGGUUUUUGUUUGUUUGACUUGUGUUUGUGAUUUUUUGGUUCAUAACACAAUUCAUUGGUUUAGAGGCAAUGGUAUUGUUGAUUAGGUUGUUGUAAGCCUUGAAAAUAAGAACUUAAGUUAAGCUAGCAUUUGAUUAUGUUGAGAUAGUUUAAGAAGAAACUAUGUUAAUUGGUAGUUUUAUGUAAUGUUUGAAAGAUAUAGGACUUUUGGUUCAACUGGUCCCGAGUUGAAUCAUAUAGAAUUCUGGGUUUUAAAUUGCGGUCGGGAUGUGGUUUCCUAUGUUGCAGUUGAUUGGGAUAAUGAGAGAAAUAAAACCUUGACGUCGCAGUAGCAGAUGGUUUUUGCAAAAUUUCUGUUGAUCUAUGACUCAAAAGUUAAUACCUUGUUCGGUUUCUAUUACAAGGACUGGUCUCUAGUAGCUGAUUAUCACGAAAUGGUUUGUGUUUUGAAGUAAUUACAUAUUUGUACUCAAUUGUUACAGUUACAAAGAUAAAUGACCUUAGGAAAAUAGUCUUGAUUCAUAUGUGAGAGCCGAGGGAGAUGAAUGAUUAUAUCAGUUUAGGUAGAAAAGUCUUUCACAGGGCAUUCGAAGUGGAACUACCCAGUUAUAUAAUGCUUACCCAGCAAAGAUACGAGUCAGUAACUCUUGGGGAGAAGAAAGACCAAACAAGUACCAGCAAUUUUGUUUCAGAUUUUGAUCGAUGUCCAAACGCAGGAAGCCAAAAUUUUCCUUUCUUGCUUUGUCCGUCCGUAUCUCUGUAGUUGCAUCAAACAGAAUCUCAACAACAUAGACAUCUAUGUCUUUUGUCUAUGCUCUCUUAUUUCGUCUAGCUGAACUGUAAGAGUUUGGUGCCAAUUUCGAUGUUGUUGGAGUUUUGUAUGGGUGGGAUAUCCUUUUUGCAUAAUUCAUAUAAACUAACCAUUUUGUUUCUUCGUUGGACAUCAAGAAGAAUGGCUUUGAUGCUAGUUUGGCUUGCAUACAAUCACUCUCUUGUAUUAGCGCCGGUUUUUGCUUCUUGCUUCCAACCGUCUUUUUGUCUACGUUGGAAAACAACCCUGCUGCAAACCUUCUAUGAGAUAAGGAUAUUUUUAACAUAAGUAUCGUGAAUGUUCAAUUUGUUAGUGAACAUAGUUCACUUUCAAGUGACUUAGUUAUUAGUAAGAAAAGUGUAUAAGUGUCCCUAAGGAAUUUAUCAUGGUGCACAUGAUAUGGAGGAAUUAUAUAUUUGGUUUUGGUAAGUUUCAGUUUCAGAGGAAUCAAUGUUGAACUGCAUUUUAAGGUCGAAGUUUCUAUUGGUUGGCUACACUAUAGUUGGAUUUGUUUCUGUGAGUUCUUCAAGGAAUCAAGUGAUCAUUCAAUGCUAAUUGUAUUUACUGCUGGAGGCUGUGAAGAACCCAGUGCUACCUAGUAAUAUGUGGAAUUCUUGUGUAUACACUUUUUUGAUGUGCUCCUCUCUUGGAGUAGUGGUGAUUGGAGCUUCAUAAUACAAUUUUGUAUUGUGAUUACAAUUGGUCUGCAGAAGUAUACAAGAAAUCAACAAUGCAUUUGGUGUUUACCUGGCUUGAUGGGGUGACUAAAUAUGCCUUUAGAAGUUUUAGGAUUAUUUCUAAAUCUGUCCCUACAUGCAGGUCAUUAAGCUUACUGCCUACUUCUAGAUAUAGUUGAUACUCUUAUUUGAGGAGAGCUUGUAUCAUGGGCGAGGUGGCAGUGUUGCACUCUGAGCCUCUGCACUUUGAAUGCAAUGACACCAAACAUAUGACAGAAGAAGAUGUCUAUCCUCCAAAUUCAAAUCCGGAACCCUUGCCCGGAGAAGAAUCAAGUCAAUCUAUAAACACAAAUGAUUUGCAAGAUAAAGGAUAUAUGGAACAUGGAUGCCAACACUACCGGAGAAGAUGUCGAAUCAGGGCCCCCUGUUGCAAUGAGAUUUUUGAUUGCCGCCAUUGUCACAAUGAGGCAAAAAAUGAUAUCAACAUAGAUUAUAAGCAUAGACAUGACAUGCCUCGACACCAAGUCAAACAGGUGAUAUGUUCACUUUGUGGCACUGAACAAGGGGUUCAGCAAAACUGUACUAAUUGUGGUGUUUGUAUGGGCAAGUACUUCUGUGGGACAUGCAAGCUCUUUGACGAUGAUAUAUCUAAGCAGCAGUACCAUUGUAAUGGCUGUGGAAUUUGCAGAACUGGUGGACAUGAGAAUUUUUUCCAUUGUAAUAAGUGUCGUUGUUGCUACUCAACUCUGCUGAAAAACAGUCACCCCUGUGUGGAAGGAGCAAUGCAUCAUGAUUGUCCUGUUUGUUUUGAGUAUUUGUUUGAUUCAAGAAAUGAUGUCAUUGUUAUGCCGUGCGGACAUACAAUCCAUAAAAGCUGUCUGAAUGAAAUGAGAGAACAUUACCAGUAUGCAUGCCCUCUGUGUUCAAAGUCAGUCUGUGAUAUGUCAAAGGUUUGGGAGAAAUUGGACAUGGAGAUUGCUGCUACUCCAAUGCCUGAGUCAUAUCAGAAUAAAAUGGUUUGGAUUCUGUGCAAUGACUGCGGAAAAACUUGUCAUGUUAAGUUCCAUUUUGUGGCUCAAAAAUGCCUCAACUGCAAGUCUUACAACACGCGACAGACAAGAGCCUGAGCAAAUGGCAUUCAAUUACGCAUUGGUUUAUUUAUAAUGAAAUGGAAGUUUCCAUUUCAUUUCAAUUGAUUUAUUUCGAAGGAAGUGGCUCUCAAUGCUGUCACCUCUCGGGUACAUAGGAUAUUUCAACAUUGGAAUAAUGAUUCUCCAUUCUGAUUUUGAGUCGGGGAGUAACGAGUUGGUCCAGCUGUAAUAAUUUCUUGUUUCAUGCGUUUGGGGCGAGUAGCUGUUUCAUUCUUGUAUUGACAUGUAAUCAAUCAAUUACCAAUAUUCUAUUAAUAAAAUAAAAGAUACAUGCAAAAGGUUAUAUGAUAAAA